UGUUGUUUUGUAAACACAGCCGGCUUUACAAAGGUGUAGUUUAGUUAGAUAUUUAACGUGGCGCCCCAUGUUUUAUCCAAAGACUCCGUUCCUGGGCAACAGUUUGCUGGAGGGCGAAAUUCUUAAAGUCAAUUCGGCGGCUCUGUCCCAGCUAUUGGAAUGGCUCUGUCAGACUCCACGUGUGACCACCUACAGGGUGAACAGACUGCGCACCAAUGUCGACACGCACAAGAAGCAAUUGAAAGAUGUUCUCUCAAAGCGGUAUGGCCAGCGGGCACCGAGAAUCUAUGGACUGGCGGAUCUACCCGAAGUGCUGUGCAUUGCGCCACUUGAGGCGGAACUGGUGCUGCGUGAGCCUGAUCCCACGCUCAAAGAGAUCAUUGUGGACACCAGUUGCGGAGCUGCCUUGCUGCGUGGAGCUCACAUUUAUGCCCCCGGCGUUCUGGCCAUGGAGUCGAACACACAGCUGCAGGAAUGCGUCAAUGUCUAUGCAGACUUGGCCGGCAAAUGCAAGCGGGGCACCACCACGCGCUACGAGAGCUCGGAAAAGGUUUUUUUGGGUGUCGGCAAGGUGCUAAUGCAGCGCUAUCAACUGUAUAAUAACAAAGAUGAAGCUGUGACUGGCAUCGCCGUUGAAAUGCAAUCGAAUGUCAGUGGCGUGCCCUCACUGGGCGACCUCAGCUGUGCAGAUGCCCUGCUACAAAAUCUGCCCUCUAUUGUAUGCGUGCGUGUCCUGGACCCACAGCCCGGUGAACGCAUACUGGACAUGUGUGCUGCUCCGGGCAACAAAACGACUCACAUUGCCGAGCUAAUGGGCGAUAAUGGAUGCGUCGUGGCGUUGGAUAACUCUGCGAGUCGUGUGCGCGGCAUGCAAACGAAACUGAACUCCUAUCGGAGUAUACAGGCGCACGUCUAUGACUCCACAAAGGCGGUGGCAGCGUCGAGCGAUGCGGCUUGCCCAGCAGCUCCACCCUUUCCAUGCGACAGCUUCGAUCGCAUUCUUCUGGAUGCUCCAUGCAGCGGUUUGGGCAACCGUCCGCAGCUGUUGUGCAGCAUUAAGCAGGCCAAGGUGCUGCAGUCCUAUCCAAACAUUCAGCGUCGUCUGCUGGGGCAGGCCGUGCAACUGUUGCGGCCUGGCGGCAUCUUGGUAUACAGCACUUGCAGCGUCACCGAGGCCGAGUGCGAGGGCAUUGUAGCCUGGGCGCUGCGAAAGUAUCCCGAACUACGUCUGGUGGAUGCCACACCUCGGUACGGUGGUUCCGGCCUGCCACUCCCCGAUCUGGAGGCAACGCAAUCGAGUCUGCUGCAGCGCUUUGGCCCCUGCAAAGAUAUCGACACUGUGGGUUUCUUUAUUGCGAAAUUUCAGAAGGAUAGUAAAUGAUUAUUCAAGUUA